GGAGGUUGGCACUGUAUUCACAAUGUCUUCAAGAAGGCUAGCCAAAGUACAACAUGCAACCAUGGUAUUAUGUUCUGAAAAGCAAGGUUCGGCUCUUUAUACAGGCCAGCCACCGUACCUCAAAAUGAAGGAGAAGUCGAAGCAAGGCCCAGAGGAUACUGCCAAAAGAUACCGGUUGGAGCCACCAGAAGGAGGAUGGGGCUACUUAGUCGGCAUAGGAAUGGCAUUGCCCUUUAUUUGUGCAUUCUCAUCCAUGCCUUGCUUUGGACUCAUAUACAAUGACUUUUUGAAGCAACUUGGGGAAGGAACCAGUGCGGUCGCAGUUAUCACCAGUUCGUUUUUCAGCGCCAUGAGUUUUGCCGGUCUCUUUUCGAAUACUUUGUUUAAUAAAUUUUCCAUGAGAAAAGUCGGAUUAGUUGGAGGAAUUAUGUACUUUGUUGGUGCAUUGUUUCAGAUUUUUGUGCAGUCCACGACGCAGUUAUUUGUCGGAUUCAGUUUACUCCAGGGAGCUGCAAUUGGGCUCAUAAUCCCAACAGCCUACACCCUCUUCAAUCAUUACUUCGUCGAGCGGCGCGUGAUGAUGAUGAGCAUUGCACAAUCUAUAAUUGGCGUUGGCAUCAUGUUUUACCCAGUGCUCACUCAAAAACUCAUGGAGUGGUACGGUUUCCGAGGUUGCUUAGCGGUUUUAGCGGCCAUAAGUUCCCAUGCGAUAUUUGGAAUGUUAUGCAUGCAUCCUGUUGAAUGGCACAUGAGGAAAGUGCCCAUUCCCGAGGACGAACUUGACUCACCAGAAUUAAAUGGAAAAGCAACGAUUGAUAUGCAUCAUUUGGAACCUCUAAUGGAAGAUAUUGUAUCUAAGCCUAAGCCUCGAAAAUCUGUGGAUACUGCACCCAACUCUAGGCUUGCCAGUGCACUAACGUCUAGACGCCCUUCAAGCAUUGCUAGCAUGGGCAACUGGACAGGGCCUGUCAUACUGAGUGAAGCUAUGGAAUACAGUCCUAAACCGGGAGGAAAAUGGCAAUACCUUGUGGACUUCUUGGAUCUGACUUUGCUGAAGGACGCAGUCUAUGUGAAUAUUGUGCUUGGAAUCUCAUUCGCCUUAUAUUCGGACAUCGCAUUUCUCACCAUUCAGCCCAUGUACCUUUUUGAGAUUGGAUUCACAGAGGUUGAAACUGCUAACAUAAUCGCAAUGGGGGCUGCAGCAGAUUUAUUUUCAAGAGUUUUCCUAGCCGUUAGUAGUGCGUUUGUCAGUGUCCCUUCAAGAUAUGUCUACCUUGCUGGGUCUUUGUUUUCGAUUGUUGCAAGAACAGCAUUCCUUACGGUGUUCGAUUUUCGCGGAGUCGCAAUUAUGACGAUCAUAAUCGGGUUCCUGAAAACAUGGUUGCAUGUUCCACUUCCUCUGGUAUUCGCCGAAUAUUUGUCGAAGGAAAGGUUCCCAUCAGGAUAUGGACUUUUCAUGUUCUUGCAAGGAAACAUAAUGUUCAUUGUCGGACCCAUUGUUGGAUAUAUUCGCGACGCUACCAAGAGCUAUGAGAUAUCCUUCCACUGUUUGAAUUUCUUUAUGGCAGCUUGUGCGUUCCCGUGGAUAAUUGAAAUUGUAUAUUUGAAGUGCAGGAAUCGGUGGAGAAGGCGACGAGAAUCAGUUGCACUACGUGAUGAAAACUAAACGGAUAAGUAGGGUCUAAGCAUUUUUAAGACUUGUAUAUAUUGUAAACUGUACAUCCUAAUUGUUGCCUAGUCUCAG